CAACUAUCAACAUUGCAUUGGAAAGGACUUCAAUUUAAAUGUGGCCCAAUCGACAUUCUGUGGAAUAUUGGAAGAAGUUCUUAACUGUCUUGAGUACAGGCUAUGUUCGAGGUGGAUUUCUAUUUACAUGACUCACAGCGAAGAAUUGGAAUCAAAAACCUUUUUUUUUUUGUCAAAUCAAAAAUUCCAGGCGUGACAAUGGCAGUUGAUGGAACUCACAUAAAGAUAAUGGCUCCAAAAAGAGAUAAACAUCUCUAUUAUAACCGCAAAGGAUUCUCAAGUCUGAACGUUAUGAUUGUGUGCGACCACAAAAUGCAAAUACGUUACGUAUGUGCUAAAUAUCCAGGCAGUAGUCACGAUUCUCAUAUAUGGGAUUUGAGUGACAUGAAAUCUAUCAGCGCUACCAAUUAUCGGAGAGGAAAUGCAAAUUUAAUAUUAGGUGACAAAGGAUACCCUCUUCAACCGUGGCUUAUAACUCCAUUUAGAGAACCAAUCACAUGCCUUAGAAAAAGAAGAUUUAAUACGCAUCAUGCUAAAGGCCGCUGCUGUGCAUUGCAUAAUAUUCGUUUGAAUUUUAAUUCUAACGAAACUUUUAAUGAGCCAUACCUGGAUACAACUGAAAAUGAAUAUUCCAUCGAUGAUGACAAUGAUUUAGAUGAUAUGCCCACCGACGAAGCAAGUAGAAUAAGAGAUAGUUUUUUAGAUAUUUUUUAA